GAUUAAUACGUCUACUAUAAUUUGGUCUACCGUAAAUAAACGUGCUUUGCCCUUGCAACUCAUGCGGAAUUUGUGUCGGUUACAAAAAAGGCGGGAGGGUGGCAUGCCUAAGAGCAGGGAUGAGCCAACACUAUCUCUGACAUCGGCAACUUGGAACAUGUUUACGUGACUUCUGUGCAGCAGUUAUUUGGGAUUACUGAGUACUGUAGUUAAUUGGUACCUCGUAUGCUUUCGCACCUGCAUGCGACGCCAUCAAGAUGAGUUUUGCUCUUAAGAAACAGAUAAAGAAGGAACUCUUAGCUUCGGAUUGGGCUGGUAAAGUAGAGGAAGCAGCUGUCGCGGCACUCGCGACCAUCCUUGAGGAGCAGCAUGGAGGCCAUAUCGAUGCCCUGCACAGCAUCCUUCGUGCUUGCACGUCAGAGCUGUCCGCCGAUGGCAAAAUCACAGCAGCAUCUGUGCAUGCAGCCGCUUCACCGAAUGGAGGCUCACAGCAGGUUGAGCUGAUGGAGUUUGUAGAUGCCUUCAGCAUCCCGCGGCUAGCAUUUGACGCCGUUCAGCGCAAACUCUACCUCAACACCAAGCCGCAAGUAAUCCACGCAACAGCCGAGGCGAAGCACCAGCUGUACCUCCAAAGGCUGUUGUUGAUCCAGCAGCGGCUGCAGCGGAGUCGCAUGUUCCAGCAAAGCCACUUGCUGCUGCCCAACUCUGGCGGCAACUCCUGCUCCAUCCAGCUCACGGACCUGCAGUCCCUGAAGGGCGUGUUUGGCGUCACUCGCUUCGUGCUGGGCUGCAUCAGCCGCUCCGAGGACGGGCGGUACGUGCUGGAGGACACCACGGGGGCGGUGCCGCUGGACUUGAGCGCGGCGGAGACGGCAGCUGGGUUCUACACGGAGAACUGCGUCGUGAUUGCGGAGGGCUCUCUGGGCCACGACGGCUUCUUCCACGCGCGGGCGCUGGGCCUGCCGCCCUGCGAGCCUCGCUCCCAGCUGCCCCUAGCGGCGCAGCGGCUGAACCUGUGGGGCGGGCAGGGCGGCGGGCUGGGCGCGGACAGCGACGCGGGGGCCUUGCUGGCGAUGGA